CCCUGAAUAUUUGGAGAUUACUUUUUGAUUUUGAAGAGGGGAGGCAAUAUUCAUCCUCUUUUACUCUCGCAGUCUGAUCUUAUUCCUUGGCUUGUGGUUUUACUCUCUUUAAGACUGUGCUUGAGUGACAGGACUGACAAACACGAUGUAAACUGAUAUUUGCAACGCCAGUGAAGUGCAACGAACCCGUAAUUCUACCCACUUAAGAGCAUGGCCAUUGAGUAAGAUAGAAUGCGCGUUGCCUGCCAGCAUUCAAGAUGCCGGCAGUUAUUCCUUGAGGCCCAUCCUCUAGUGAUUUUACCCGCACGUUCCGUUGCUAUGGGAAUUCUUUCCCACCCUGCUCUCCAACAAAAGUCACAGGUUGUGCUUUGAAACAACAAACUAUUCGGUCGAUUACGCGUUAAUUUCGCUCCAAUGAUGACUGGAUUUGUCAACAAACUAACCACAUAGAAAUAGUUUCUGCAUGUGAGAAUUUUUUUCAAGUAUUUGACCCUGGUCUGGAACGAGAGCUCCUACUUGCCCACUGACCCAUAAUGAAGACCCCGGUGGCUGAGGGUCGCCUGCAGGUGCUGCAGAUCUACCGGCUCCUCCAGUAUGUCCAUGAGGGAGACCAGCCUCAGAUAGAGAAGAUGGUAGACAUGGGUGUGGAGGACCUCAUCAACCUGACAGAGCCACGAGAGGGCACCGGAGUUCUCCACCUGGCUGCUGUGGCCAACAACACAAACAUGGUCAGCUUCCUGCUGGCCCAGGGCGCCCAGCCCAACGUCCAGGACAAAAGGGGGCGCACCCCGGUCAUGUUAGCAGCUGAGAUGGGGCACGACGGCAUGGUGGCCCUGCUAGCUAAGAAUUACGCUAAAAUGAACCUGUUGGAUGCUGAGGGGAAAGGUGUGCUCUUCUACUGCAUCUUCCCCACCAAGCGCCACAUGCGCUGCCUGCAGGUGGCCCUACACAGCAUGGCUGAUGUCAACAACGUCUCGCUCACCGGGACACCCGUGUUCCUGCUGGCGUGUCAACGUGCCGCCGACUGCUCCGCCAUGUGCCUCAGCAUCCUGGAGCAGGGCGCCGACCCCAACUCAGCCAAUCAGAUGACAGGCCGCACUGCUUUGAUGGAGGCAGCCAGGGCUGGGGCUGUGGAGCUGGUCAGAGCCAUCCUACUGAGAGGGGCAAACCCCAACACCCUCGACAAGAACCACCUCCACGCCACACACUUCGCUGCCAUGGGGGGAUUCUUUGAGGUGAUCCAGGUGCUGUCUGCUUACUCAGCUGACAUGGGGGUGAUGACAUCAGAGGGGGACACUCCACUGCACUACGCUGCCCGAGGGGGCUUCACUGAUUGCUGCAGGUUCCUAGCACAGAGAGGUUGUAACCCCAAACAAAAAAACCAGGAGGGCCUUCUUCCCCGUCAUAUUGCCAAAGACAACAGCUACAAGGCAGUGGUAAAGGAACUCAAGAAAGCAGAGAGGAUACACGGGAAGUACUCCAAAACCGGGGUGUCCAAUCCCAACACUCCCUGGGCCCUGACCCUCCACGAUUGGUCCCACGAGCACGAGGCCGCCCUCCGGAACGCCUUUUUGGACGAAUCAGAAGCCAAGGGCACGGAGACAGUCUCUAGGGAAAUGUUCAUAUCUGUGCUGCAGAAGCUCCAGGCCCCAGUGGAACUGGACCAGCUCCAUAAGGUGGUAGUGGCCCACGACAAAAGGAGAGAAGGACUAGUCAACGUCAGUGACUUCUUCAAGGGCCUCAAGUACCUCCAGAAAUCAUUUACCAUCGCCUCUUAUGGUCCAAAGAAGAAGAAAGGAGGAAAGAGAGGUAAAAAGGGCAAGAAAAAGGCUAAAUUCACUCUCCCCAUUCCUAUUUGUACCAUCCCACCUGAGCUUAUAUACAGACGGGACGACGGCGGGCCGCCUCACUACAUGAUCGAGACGUACCAGCAUUGUACUGACGUCACUCGUUUCGACCGCGACCACCCGCCAGUCCACCCGAUAGAGGAUGAUUCAGCCUGGUACCUAGACAAGCCGGAGAGGGUCUAUAUCGACAUCAACUACUGUGUGAAGACGGGGGACCUGGAGUCUCUGAACCUGGCCUUCAGUCAGGGGGUCCCGGUGGACGUGAAGGACCGCUUCUAUAAGACCCCUCUCAUGACUGCCUGCUCCAGUGGAAACUACGAGGUGGCCCAAUUCCUCCUCAAUUUGGGGGCUGACGUGAAUGUGUGUGACCAGUUCCGUUGGACGCCCCUCCACCACGCUUGUCACGCAGGACAACUGGACAUAAUGGAGCUGCUGGUGGAGAGAGGUGCCAAGGUGGACACGCCCGCUCUCAAUGGUGCCACACCCCUCAUGAGGGCCAUCGAGAGCUGCAGGCCCUGCUGUGUGGACUACCUCAUCAAGGUCGGGGCAAAGGUCGCUGCAGAAAACAAGAAAGAGCAAAAUUGCUUGGACAUCGCCCGUGCCUAUGCAGACUUCAGGAUUGUGGACUUGGUCCAGGCUAAGAUUGAUUCUCUGCCCAAACUCAAGGAGAACAAGAAAGGAAAAGGGGGUAAACCUCAACCUAAACCCAGACCUGCCACUGCCCAAGAAAAGGGUCAUGGUCUGGUGACACCUGCUCCAUCUGAGAUGGUAGUGAAUAAAGCGAUGUCCCUGAAGGAGAGCAUCAUUCGACACAGCACUCAGAUCAUCAGCGGACAAGUCAACAAAGUGGACAUCAGCUAUGUGCCAAAAACGGUAUGGGGCAAGCAGACCACCACCAGCCAGCUGGUAGAGAAGAUGCAGAAGAAGAGGGAGAGGUUUUCCUACGAGGUGGACUUUGAGGACUUUAUGAUGCCCUUCAGUAAGAACAUCCAGCAGAAAUCUCUGAAGCUGACUCAAGCUACUAACUAGUGGGAACAUGGUUGUAAUGAGUCAGCAGUUAUGUUUGCAGAUGGAUUAUAUUUGCCUCACAUAGUUGGGUUCAAAUCAGUUUUCAAUUCAGGAAGAUAAUUGGAAUUCAUUUAGUCAUAUUUUCAAUUUAUGUAUUGAAUUUCAAUUUACUCUCUGAAUUGAAAUGAUAAUUUGCCUGAGCACACUGAUGGCUGAGAGGAUUGUUUCCUCACUGUCAUAGAAAGCCAGUAAAUGUAUUGACUAAAACAAGAGACACCAAGUAGUAGAUGUAAAGAUGUAAGAAUAAUGUAUAGAUGUUGUUCACUGUAUCUAUUGAUAUAAAUCCACUUGAAUUUAGUACAAAAUUGUCUUCUUCUGACAUGCCUACUGAGUACUCAUUGUAUGACUAGACACAAAGCACAUGGCAAAGAGUCUGUCCUGUAUACCAGACAGCUUCCACUCAUCCAGACAGCUUUACAGUCCUACGGAUUUGAUAUAGAAGUCCUAGUAAUGAUUUGAAAUAUGUUGGAGAGGAUCCACACCUCCCCAACUGUUGGUUAGAGCCUGUAAGUAAGCAGGUCUUCACACAACUGUUGUAUUCGGCGCACGUGACAAAUAAACUUUGAUUUGAUUUGGCAUCUGGGCUGGUGGUUGGUGUGUCAACAUCUCCUCUCGGCCUCUCACUUUCUCUCACCGCCGUCUGCCAGGCACGCUGGGUAGCAUGCCUCACUAUGCAGGUACACACACACACCUCUCCACAACACCACACAAUUCACCACACGCACAUUAAGACGCACCU